GAAGAGGAUAGUAAUUGUUGGAUGCUGCCGCUUCACAGGAACCGAAUAUGGCCCGCUGCCCUCUCCAGAACAUGCCGUGACUAUCACAGUGCCUGUGGACUACGACGUGGUGGACCGCGACUACACUAUUGGAUCAUUUUUGAAAGGUUGGGCCUCAGCGAGGGACCUUCUUCAAAGCUCAGUGAGUCACACACUACACGAGUCCUUCAGGAUAUGGAGAUUUUGCCUAAUUAAGGCUUGUUUUUGGACAUCCAAAGAAGUCUUUUUGUUGCUCUUUUGGAUCAUCCUGUUGUGCUUUUUGUGGAAUUGAAGAGUUGAACCUGGAGAUAGCCUUUUUUCCUGUGGAGUACAUUCAAGUUCCAGUAAUCAGGAUCCACUGAAGGAAGGAGGGAGGCCAGAGAAGUGAUGGGAAGAUGACUGAGCUAAGAUAAAACACCAACAGCUGAAUGAAUAAAACAUUUGUAUAGGAGGAGUCGUGACAUCUGCCACAGGACCUGGUGUGUGAUGCUGUGUCCCUUCCUCUCGCUCCCGGAGACAUGCCCGUGCAGGAGAUGGCGGUGAGUCCUGUCAAGUCCCUCUACUGGGAGCAGUUUCCCCCCAUGUCCCAGCGUAGAGUCUACAGCACUCCCGUCUACCACGAGGGCCUGCUCUACGUGCUGGGGGGCUGCAGCGAGACCGGCACACCCCUGGACAGUGUGGAGGUCUUGGACGUGGAGAGCCAGACGUGGAGCCAGCUGCCGCCGCUGCCUACGGCUAGGGCUGGGGCCGCCGCCGUGGCACUGGGAGGGCAGGUUAUGGUGCUGGGGGGCAUGAAUCAACAACAGACCCCCUUGGCUUCAGUGGAAAUUUAUCACCCAGAUGAGGGCAAGUGGGAACCAAAGGCCAGCCUGGGACAGCCCUCCAUGGGUGUCACCACCGUGCAGAAAGAUGGCAAGGUGUACGCACUGGGAGGUAUGGGAGCAGACAUCACGCCACAGGCCAUUGUGAGAGUUUAUGAGGCAGAAAAGGACCAAUGGCAACCGCUGACCUCCAUGCCUACACCACGCUAUGGAGCCACACCCUUCGUAAAAGGAAACAAAAUCUACAUAAUGGGCGGUCGUCAGGGAAAGAUGCCGGUGACGGCACUGGAGGCGUUCGACCUGGAGAUGAAGAGCUGGACACGCUACCCCUGCAUCCCAAGCCGGAGGGCUUUUUCUUGCUGUGCUACAAAUGAGCGAAGCCUCUUUAGCCUGGGGGGGCUCCAGCAGCCGGGGCCGCACAACUUCUACUCCAGACCUCAUUUUGUCAGCACUAUGGAGGAGUAUGAUUUGGAUCAAGGUAUGUGGAUGAAGCCCAGUCGAAUGUCAAGGAUGCGGGAGAAGAGAGCUGACUUCGUGGCAGGAUGUCUAUGUGGACGGGUCAUUGUGGCUGGUGGUCUAGGCAAUGAACCCUCACCUUUGGGCUCCGUGGAGAGCUACAACCCAGUAAAGCGACGUUGGGAAUACGUGGCGCCCAUGCCCACUGCCCGCUGCUCGUCUGCGCUCCUGCAGACCCCCGACAUGCUUUUCGUCAUUGGUGGAGUGUCACAGGGGCCGAGCAAUGCCGUAGAAGCUCUCUGCUUACAAGAGACAGUGUGACAAUAACACAACAUCUGAUGAUUUAUUCAAUGUAGUUUGGAAACAAGCCAGAUGACAUGGAGCUAGAAAGUAUUCUCCACAUGUACUUUUCUAUCUUCAUGAUGGUACAGGCAUUUUGUUAAAGACACAAAAAGGCAUCUCUAGAUAUUUGCUGACAGAGCUGGAUUGACAAAUACAAAGACAGCUUGAAUUGUUGUGACUGACAAGAAGGAGAGACAGCUUGUCUUCUCUGCAGAAGAUGCACAAAAACGAGCAAAAAAAUACACACACUUACAGUGUACUAAAAAAAUCACAUGCCUUUGAACUGUUGAGCAUUUUUCAGAAUAAAAGCAGGGUAUUUUUGUGGAUAUUCUAAAAGGAACAUAGGGCCAUAUAUGUGUCACGCUCCCCUGCUGCUGCUGUGGCAUUGUUUUUCUAUAAUGCUGUUUUUUCUUAUGGUGGUUGAAGGAAUACUCUUGUUUUUGUUUGGAACUUAGCAUUGCUGAAGACCACAGUGUCAACAUCAGAGUCUGUCUACAGCCUGCUUGAGCAGCGGCGUAGCCUGGAUGACCAAUGCCCUUGGGCAAGGCAAGAAAAUGUAAGAAAGAUUACAACUUUUAAAAGUUUAUAAGCUGUUAUGUUUUGCGGCUCCAGACAAUUUUUCUGUAGUGGGCGAGAGGGCAAAAUGGCUCUUUUGAUCGUAAAAGUUGCCAACCCCUGCCUUAAACAGGAACUGCAUUUUUAAGAAAAUUGCAAAUGCAAAUAUAUAUAAUUUGCAAUGAUUCCGAGUACCACUGUACAUGCCUCACUAUAAGAAAGAAGAACCAGGUUAUUGGAGAUAAUUAAACAGUUAUAAUGAAAUAUGUAGUGGUAUAUCAUUACUAACUACACCUUUUAGUUGUUAAAAAAUUACUAAAAACAUUACAAGGUAUAAAGUAAUUUAUGGCUAUCUGCGGGUAAAAUUUUAACUUUCCAUUUUAACGUAUCUCUAAAUAUAUUUAACCGCUUCCCCUCAAGAAAAUAUACCCCAUUUUUAUGAAAACAUUCUGGUUGAUUUUAAGUAAAUUAACUCCUUUAUUUACCAAAUAGAUGAUGCAAGCACAGUUCUCAACUUAAAAAUGGCAAUUUAAAACCCACCCAUAACUGUGUAUUGGCCCAUUUCCCACUGGUUGGGAACCUCUGUGUUAAAGCAUCAAGGGGAAUAUACAGUGUGGCUUAAAUUAAUUUGUAAAUAUUAAAAAUUGGUGAAAAAUGUGUUCAAUUUAACAUAAGCAGACAGAUUUUUAAACCAGUCAUGAACCCUGCUACUAAUAACAGCCGCCAAGCAACACCACUGGACACUGCAAAAACUGAAAUCUAAACAGGAUUAAAUAAUCACGGAGCAUAUCAGAUAUAUUACUUUAAAAAAGCAAAAUAAUUACCAACUGAAUCACAAAUGUUGCUACAAUUAAACAACAUCAUUUCUGUGUUUUUUAGGCUGUAAGAGAAUAAUUAUAAGAGGGAUUUUAAUAGAAAUGUAGACUUUUUUUUCCGUCAUACACAUAGACCUAGAUGCACAGAAAACGUUUAUUUUGGGUAUGUCAUUUUUGAGCAUGAGUCUAAAAAAAAUUGUUUUGAACUGUUGCUUAGAUUUCUCAGAUUUUGCAGUGAACUAAAGUGUGUGACCUUCGACCACACUCACUGUGCUUCUCUUUGCUAGAAAAUCAAGCUGGCUGUGGUUGAAUUUGUUGUGCUACACCUUUAAAGUGUAGCACCCUUGAUCCUUUGUAAACACUAUCAACCAUCACUGCUGACAUGUUGUAUUUGUUCCCUUGGUUUUAAAGAACGACAGCAACACAGUGAAUUUAUUACCUCAGCUUGACACAUUUUGAAGUAGAAAUCAUCUCAAGGUGAUGCAACCUUUUGAAGCGUGAAAUUAGUUUGAACGAGGCAGUCGUUGCCAUUGUUCCUUGUUUAUGUACAGGAGUGCCCACCAUUGUGAUUGUUGCAUUGUCUCAUUUUUAUGUUUUUAGGAUGCAAUAUGUAGUACAUACGGAUACAGUUAGGGUGUGCUUACACUAGGCCUAUUGUACCACGCUUCACACCUUAAGUACGUCGCAUUUUGCUCGUGUGAACACGUUGAUCCAAUGUAUCCAAGUAUGGCACACUUAAUAUCCUGAAAGAAGGGGGCUGUGGCACGGCGCUAUUGCAAGACAUGCACAGACACGAAAUCGCUCCUCCCAAGUUCUCAAUAAUAACCGAUUAUUAUUAUAACAUUUCAUAAUAGAAAUAGGAUACAAAGACAAAAAAGUCAAACGCACCUGCGACUACAUUUGUAGGAGUAAUAAAGACGUGUUGUUUAGUUAAUGGUGAUCAUGCUUUUCCGGUUCUUAAUGAUAACACAUACGUUUCAGAAUAUAAAUCAAAUACAGACUCAAAAUAAUCCGUAAGUCAAACCCACGGGGUGCUUGCUUACCUGCAACUGUAUUCGUGUGCGUAAUAGACGUGCCAUUUCAUUAAUGUGAUUAAUCCCCGCCAGUUCUUAAUGAUAAAUGACACAUUUGACAACAGAAAUAAAAUACAAAGAGUCAAAAUAAACCAAAAGCCGUGGCACGAUUGCUGACUCACGGCUACAUUUGUGUGCGUAAUAAAGAUGUGCCAUUUCAUUCAUGCAAUUCAUCUUCACCAUUUUUUUCUGAUAAGCAACACAUUUUAUAAUAGAAUAGAAUAAAAAAUAACACAAAUAAUAAUGUGAGCGCGCCUCUCACUACUGGUAGUGUAAAUCCGAUGCUCCUACAGUUGUUCAAGUCGCAUACUGUCGAGCCGACCUAUACGUUAUCCAAAGGUGUGUAUUGCGAUGUGAGAUUUGGGGAAAGGCAAGCAAAAGUUCUUCUUGUCAUCUGAAAAUUAUUUUAAAAAUUUGUGUCCAUGAAGCAACUCACGUAAUUGUCCCACAACUCCUGGCUGCAACGCCUUACCCACAUGCUCCUUGGAACGUCUCAGUAAGUUCUCUACAAACUGCCACUGCCAAAAGCUUUAUCCUCUUUCUUCUUCAUCUCCUUUGUAAAAAAUAAUUUGGUUAAGAAAUUGUUGACUCCGGUUGCACACAAUCCUUGAAACUGCCACAAAUGCGCCAGGACUGAGACAUUGUGGCCAAUGUCUCAGUUAGGGCCAUGUGACAUUGUGUUUUUGUGUGUUUUGUUAAUGUGAACAACUACAUAAAAAGAUUGAAGUUUAACUAAGCAAACUGAAUUGGUCAUCAUACCCUGCAGUGUGGAUGUAGCCUUAGUGCGGUGCUUCUCAGUUAUUUUCUUUCAUGCCCCCACUAGGGGGCAGAAAUGUUUUACGGCCCCCCCUCCAACUUGAAACAUUGUUAAGAAACUGAUAUCUAUUUAUUCAUUUGUACUGUACAAACUGAACUCGAAACUGAAAUGCAACAAAAUGGAGAGCAGUGAAGCAUCCAAGCGUAUUUAAGUGUCAAAUUGCAUGCUGAGUACGACAAAUUCAUACAUGUUGGCAGGUCUGCACUAAUAUUGAAGGUCCUCUCUGGCUGUCACGCUCCCUCUGACAAUUCACCCCCCCUCCCCACCCACUAUUUGAGAAGCACUGCCUUAGUGUCAAUGUGCCCAUACGUACUUUAGGGAGAUGAGAGGCUGGUGCAGCUCAGAUAGAAUGCCAAUUGGUUAUUUUUGGUUCUCCAUGAUGUGCACCCUUUUGAUUGUGUUAGUAUUUAUUAUUAGACCAGCCAUCUGGAGGUUGUGCAGUGUCCUCCUCUGCUCAAAAUAAUCCCUCAAAAGAAUUGUACAGCCAUACAAGGUGGUCCUGGUUCUUUCAUUCUGUGUGUGUGUGUGUGUGUGUGUGUGUGUGUGUGUGUAUUUUUUUUUAAAAGCCACAGUGGCUCCAUGUUCCAUCCAUGUGGGGUUACUUUCACCAUUGAAGUAGAACCAUGUUCUUAGCCAGUGGAGGAUAAGAGAGAGCUUCAGGAUGAUUCAUUGGUAGCAGGUUGAUAGACGGCAAUUACAUGCUGGAGCGUUUAAGCAGGCCAUGAGAGGAUGAUGGUGCGCACAAGGCAGCAUCUACGUGUAUGUAAAUAGAGACUCAGGAUGAAAGACAGCUGAGGUGGCUUGGGCAUCUAGUCCGGAUGCCUCCCGGAUGCCUCCCUGGUGAGGUGUUUCGGGCAUGCCCAGCCGGGAGAAGGCCCCGGGGAAGACCUAGGACACGCUGGAGGGAUUAUGUCUCACAGCUGGCCUGGGAACGCCUUGGUGUCCUCCCAAGGAGCUGGAGGAGGUGGUCGGGGACCAGGAAGUCUGGGCUUCCCUACUGAGCCUGCUGCCCCCGCGACCCGGACCCGGAUAAGCGGAGGAAAAUGGAAUGGAAUGGAAUGAAAGACAAACUGACUCCCAUGACAGGAACUUCAGUAUACAUUUAGAGUUAGUGACAUUAUAUUAGUGUUGAUUACUCAAAAAACUACUAUUAUUUAUAACAAGGAGUUCAACCUGGGAGAAGUACGCACACAUUACAUAUUGGUGAAGAUCCAAAGUGUGGAUUCAGGAUUAUUCGUUGCUUCAUCAAUUACAUUACUUUUUAUCAUUCAGUAAUAAUUAUGUCUUUUUAAAUUUUUUGCAUAUGAGUAAAUAAUUCAACCCCGUUUUCCUCCUUUUUUUUUACUAAGCCAUAGCAGCAUCACUGCAAAGGCUUAAGUGGAAUUAUUUUCUUAGUUAGUAUUUAUUUAUAAUUAAAAAUAAUUACAUUUUAUUUAACAAUAAUAUAUUUAUUUAAUCAUAAAUGUAUUAGGAACAUGAUACAGAGUAAAUUUACAAAUGAUUUGUUUUUCUACCCCCCAAAAAUGUAACUCGAAUAGCAUUACCGCCACCUACAGGACUGAAGUGAAACUAUUUACAAGUACACUAGAAUGAUUUGUUCAUUUAUUUAUGAAUGUAUUGGCAGGUUAACAAGUCAUUCAGCAAAUUAUUUAUUUAGAAUUGUUUGUGGCAAUUUAGGACACAUUAAUUGUUAAAUGCUAAAUUUUUUUUUUUUUAACUCUUUACUAAUUUUGCAUUAUUUAUAAUUGCAAUCAAAUAUUGAUUAAAAUAUACAGUAAAUAUUUAUGACAAAUUGACUAUUUUUUUUUUUUUGCCUUAUUGUUUUUUUUCCCUUUGUUAACAUUACUGCCACCCACAGCACACACACACACACACACACACCUUACCACUCUUGUAAAGAUAUUGAGUGGACAAGCAGUAGCUUUGCGUUAAGGUGAUGCAUUGCAGCAGGUGGGGGCGGGGCACCAAUGUGAUUUUUUUUUGCAUGGGGCCCAGCAUUUCUGGUCCCUGCAUUGCAGCAAAAGGUUCCCCAGCAUAUCAUCAUAUCAUUACCGACACCAAACAGUCAGGUCCCAACUAAAAAGGACACACGGAAGAUGUUGAUGCGUGUGUGCUGUAUCUGCAUCAGCAUUUGUGGCUGUGCUGUGUUAUUCUUUCAUUUAUUUUUUGCACAUUUAUGUGUUUGUGUUGGGAAAGUUCAGUAAAGACAGUUCAACAGCUGCAGGUAGCAUCAAUAUGUUCCUCGAACGUUAGUAUUUCUUUGUGCUUUUUCGGUAAAAAAAAAAAAAAAAAAAAAGACCAUGACUUUGAAAGAUGAGAAUGUUUUUUUUUUGCUUUUGUGUUAUUUUGUGUUGUGGAUUCAGGUUAUGAGGUGGCACAUUUGCUGUGCUGUUGUUCAGAUGUGAGCUCCUGCUUUCCAAAGUGCUUAAUUCACGAGGGGGUGUGACGUACGCGAUAAUCUCGGUUUGAUAGUCUCUCGGUUUCAAGGUCACAGUUUGGUUCAUUUUGGGUACUUGAAAAGAACAACAUGCAAAACAUAAAACUGCUUUUUGUGUAAAUUAUUCUGUGUACUAUAUAUAUAUAUAUAUAUAUAUAUAUAGUACACAGAAUAAUUUACACAAAAAGCAGUUUUAUAUAUAUAUAUAUAUAUAGUACACAGAAUAUCAAUGUAAUGCAGAUCAUUGUGCUGCAACACAAAUUAAUAGUGAAUUAAGCUUAUUUUUAGAAUAUGCCGGGCACAUUUUCGGCCUUGAACUUGUGUUUUUUUUUUUUUAUUGGCCCUUGCCAAGUGCAACAGUAGCACUUUCAACAGUCUGUAAUUAAUUUUUUUUGUAAAGUUCCUUAUUGGCUGGAGUGCAGCAUUAAUAAUUCCAGUUUGUAGCCCUGCGACUUAUCUCUACUGGACAAGGGCGGCACGCUGCCUUCAUCCUAUCCACCUGUCUUUGUCCAUUUUAAGAAUUUCAGGCCAAUUGUUCAAAACUGGAAGACUUCAAAGAUGGAAGAGGAUUUUCAAGCUCUGGCUUCUCCUUGGCACUAACUACCACUUGCUUACAAAGUAGAGACAUGACUUACAUGAGACAAACAUGAGAUUUCCUGUGCCUCACUUCUAAUGUGUUCUAUGUGGUAUGCCUCUGUACCGUACUAAAAAAAUCUGAUAAUACAUACAUGUACCGAUACACCCCUAUAUCAUUUUCAAGACGUUUUGAUGCAUUUUGUGAAACAAGAGCAAAGAGUUCUCCUAUUGUGAUUUAUUUCUCGUGCUGUACUGUGCUCUUUCUACAGUGAUGAACAUGAUGGGUAAUUGCUUUCUGCACUCAGUGAAGUGUUGCUUUGUGUGUGUGUGUGUGCGUGCGUGCGUGCAAAAGUGAUUACUGCACUGGAUGGAGUGCUCCAAAAAUGAUGUAGGACAUGUUGGGAAGUGAGACCAUUCUAGUAGUAUUGCUUAUGUUAAAAUGCUUUACUGCCCAUGUACUGUGUAUUAUACUAAUGAUCUUUAGUCAUACUGUAGUUAGUACAUGGAAUAUUGAGUGAUACUAGUACCUUCACCUUCAAGAGUUAUUUAUAAAUGCCCACGCAAUGCUCAAAAUGCUAUAUUUUGUUAGAAUAUAUUCAAUAUUGCGGUUAUGGAUUUUUGUUUUCAUAUAUUCUUAAAAUACUAAUACUUAUUAGAAUACUAAUAAUUAUUAGACUGUAUUGACCCAAAUAUGAAGAAAAAAGUAUGACAAUGACAGGUUGUCGUAUAUUCGGAGUAAAAAGAUUUGUCUUUAAUUUUUUAAAAUGCAAAUAGGGUUUGUCUUAUAUUUUGGUCAGUACGGUACAUUAAAAAAGUUUGAUCAAAUUACACCCAAAAUAGGUCAUUUUUGUGCUAAUUGCAGUGUUUGCUUCUUGUUUAUGAAAUCCAACUAAAUUUUUCUGAGACUAAAUACCUAUAAAAAACUGUGCCAACUUAAAAAUGUUGCUUUUCAUCAUACUUUGGUCAUUGCAACAUAAGUCAACCCGACACUUUUCCACUUUUUUGAUGUAGUAUCAGAGCCAUAACAGAGGUAGAAUUACACCUAUAUGUAAGGGCAUCGCGGCAAACAGGGACCAGAGCAGUAAAUUCUUCCACCAAUUGUGUUGAAUGUGAUUGCCGCUGUCUGACAAGUACAGUGUGUCCCAAACAAUCAAAAAUAAUCAAAAAUCAAAAAAUAAUUUCUUUUUAUAAUAAUAAUGCUAAUCCUAUGAUGUGUAGGUGUUUGCUGUAACAGAUGAAUGUGAAACUACAUUGUGUUGAAUACAACGUGUAAAGGCUGUGUAUUUAAAGACAGCAGUUGACUUUCUACUGUAGUGUAGAAAAUAUACGCUCUCUGUUUCAUCAGUCAGUUUGUCACUCAGGUUGAUGAUGAUGAUGAUGUGUAUAGUCAGCCAGUGGCAGGCUUUGGUUGUCCCAGCAGUGCAGUAGUUCAGUGCCUAUGCUAAAUGUGAGGUAGUGCCUCCAGUCUGACUCCUGUUCUAUAGUAAUAAAAUAUUUUGACUCGCCGUUUAAAGCCUUGUUUUAUUUGUUUCCUGUCUGUGUUAAUUGAAAAAAAACAUUUCAAAAGUGUGCAGUAUAGAAUUCUGUGAUGAGCUCAUUUACACCCCAUCCAUAAUAGAUGAAGCUGACAUCAAAACGCAACAGAACAAAAAGCCUUUUCACAUCACUUUGAUUUUGGAGUCAAAGAUGAACCACACUUUCCUUUUCACACUCGUUUAACGUGUCAUUUGCAACAUACAGGGUUCAGGGAAUUCAUUGUGAAAACGUUGUGAUAUUUUUAACAGAAACAAAAAAAGCCCUCUGUGGAUCACUACCUUAUUGUGGAGGAGGUGUUUGAGUGCCCUAGGAGCUAUGUUUUCUAGGGCUAUAGGCCCCUGGUUGGGUCUUCCAAGGCAAACAGGUCCUAGGUGACGGGACAAACCAAGAGUAAUUCAGAGGACCCUAUGAACAAACACAAGAGGAGGGAUACUUGGGAUACUUGGACUUGGGAUACCGGGGCAUCACCCUGGAGCCAGGCCCGGGGAAGGGGCUUGCAGGCGAGCGCCUCGGGGUCGGGCCUUCACUCGUGGGGCCUGGCCAGGCCCAGCCAAAAGAAGCCACACGGGAUCUCCCCCCCGUAGACCCACCACUUGUGCAAUGUUUUUGGGUGGCGGUCAAGGGCCAUCGCCUGAGUGACCUAGUCUUCGGCGACCAAAUCUGGUUGUUGGGACAUGGAAUGUCACUUCUUUGGUGGGGAAGGAGCCCAAACUUCUGCGAGAAGUUAGACAUUCCAACUAGACUUUUUUUUUCAAAAUGGCGCCGCUUGAGUGGCUGCCAGUUACAGCAGCUCUGUACAAUACAAUACAAUAGACAUAGUCGGACUGACCUUGAC